UGAUGGCUACAUUUGUGAAUGCCCAGAUGGAUUCAGUGGACAGUAUUGUGAAAAUGCAGACAAUGUAACCUGUGAUUUCAACCUUUGUGAAAAUAACUCAACAUGUGUGGAGUCCAAUACAACAUCUGAUGACUACAUUUGUGAAUGCCCAGAUGGAUUUAGUGGACAGUAUUGUGAAAAUGCAGACAACCAAACCUGUGAUUUCAACUUUUGUGAAAAUAACUCAACAUGUGUGGAAUCCAAUACAACAUCUGAUGGCUACAUUUGUGAAUGCCCAGAUGGAUUCAGUGGACAAUAUUGUGAAAAUGCAGACAACCA